AAGACACGUUGGCACGUAGCACAUAAUCAACUAAAUCCAUCCAAUUAAAGUAGAUCACACGGAUCAUGGUUUUCUAUGAAAAUUAUGACUAGCACAUCAUAAUGCCCUAAACUAUUUUAUACUAAAUUCUAAUUCGCCCGAUCCCUUAAUUUUCUCUCUAUUUAUUUUUAGAAAAAUAAUAUCAUCUCAAAUUAAUUAAAUACUAAACUUUGGACCACAUUUGAACCCCACACGGCCCAUCCAUCCAUUCCUAUAUAUACCCCAUUCGAUCCUCCUAAAUUCCCAUUCCUCAUCAUUCUAUCAAAACCUUCUAAAGGUACGUACAAUUCCCCUUAUCCUUUAUCCUCUAGAUUAUAGAAAGUUUUCUUUUUUUAGGUAUAAGUCAUAUAAGUAUCUACUAUGCCUGAAUAUAUAUUUUAAUUAGUAUCAUAUAACUCUAGCUUCUUCUUGUACGUAGUUGAGUUUGGUGCGGUUUUGUAAUCGGAAGAAUGGCUCGUACAAAGCAAACUGCCCGCAAGUCCACCGGCGGAAAAGCUCCGAGAAAGAGUCUCAGUGUCAUUAAGGCUGCCCGCAAGCAAGUCCCUACAACCGGCGGGGUGAAGAAGCCGCACCGUUACCGUCCAGGAACGGUUGCUCUUCGGGAAAUACGAAAGUAUCAAAAGAGUACGGAUCUGCUGGUGAGGAAGCUGCCGUUCCAGAGGCUGGUGCGAGAAAUAGCGCAGGACUUCAAGACGGACUUAAGGUUCCAAAGCCACGCCGUUCUGGCGCUCCAAGAGGCGGCCGAAGCGUACUUGGUUGGGCUGUUCGAAGACACCAACCUCUGUGCCAUUCAUGCUAAGCGCGUCACCAUCAUGCCCAAGGACGUCCAGCUUGCCCGCCGUAUCCGGGGCGAGCAACCUAUUAAAUCUUAAUUUUCUUUUUUCUUUUAUUAAUUAAUAAUGAUAAUAUAAGGGCCUAAUUAUGAAGCCCCACCUCUAGUACGUUCGUUACACAGCUGUUUGUUAUAAGGUCAGUUGCUUUGUUAAUUCCUAGUUGAUGAAGAUGAUUCAUAUUA